ACCCAUCUGACGCCAGGCCACCACACUCUCCCUCAGCAGGUCGCGACUGACGGGACCCAUCUGACGCCAGGCCACCACACUCUCCCUCAGCAGGUCGCGACUGACGGGACCCAUCUGACGCCAGGCCACCACACUCUCCCUCAGCAGGUCGCGGCCCACCACCUAAUUAACACCUAGCUUCUCAAGUUACGACCUGAAGAUCCGUCACUCGGGCCGUCACUAAUUACUGUCACUCAAUACCGUCACUCGGGCCGGCACUCAUUACCGUCACAUACUACUGUUACUCAUUAACGUCACUUACAACUGUUACUCAUUACCGUCACUCAAUAUUACCAUCACCCACUAACAUCCACCAACUCGCACCACCCGCUAACAUCCACCCACCAUCAUCCACAAACACUCACCCACCAUCAUCCAUUCCCCCGAGAAGCCAAAAGGGGGGUGGGGGGGGGGGUAUGGUCGUAGGUGGGUAGGUAGUGGGUAUAUUACUAUGGAUGACGUCACCUUCCUCUCCACCAAUACCCUGCCCAGGGCUCGUGUGUCCCGCCAGAGGUUGUCAGCGUCGCUACGUGAUGAACGGACUCGCUCUUCUUCCUCGUCGUCAAGUUCCUCCUCGUCCUCCUCCACGUCAUCAUCGUCGUCUGUGUCCAAGGUGGCCAUCAUCGCGGCCGUCAACAACAACACUACUGAUGUGCCUCACACAGAUGGCCCACCCUCAGUGGCCUCCUCCCCCUCCUGCUCUUCUCCCUCUUCCUUGUUUUCCUCUCCCUCCUCCACCUCCUCUACCUGCGAGGUCAAGAAGGAAGGUGGAGGUAGAGGCAGUGAGACACACCUGGCCUCUCCCAGUGUCGAGGACGAGGAGUCGAGUGCCUUCGUGUCGACAAGUGAGGUGGUGUCUCAGUCGACGCCGUCAGCGGGGACCUCCCACAUAAAACAUGUCGAACCCAUCUUUCUCCGCUGCCCUAAGAGAGUGGAGGAGAACCUGGCUGCCUCUCACUCCUUCGUCAGAUCCCGCGAGGAGGCGGGUCCUCACGCCCUUAGAGGCGUCUUGUGCCACAGCAGCAGGCUCAACGAUCAUAACACAGCUGGAGACGAAUUCCAAGUGAGAUUAAACGCAGUCCUCCGCUCAGGCCGACGAGAGAGUGACAUGUGUUGUAAGUAUUCGUCCUCGAGGAUUCCGGAGACGAGAUAUGUCGAGGACGAGUUGGUCUCGUCGUCUCUCUCGGAGUCGUUCUCGUCUUAUCACCCUCACUACCCCUGUGAUCGCCUCGAGGCCUCUAAACCAGCAGAAAACUACGACUCCUGGAGCCCUUACGAGGAGUCCUCGAGUCAGCACUUGUCCCAGAGCUGCGACACAAGUGGGCACUCAGGCACGGACGUCUCCAGGUUGGCCUUUCAGACCCCAGCUUCCAGUGGACGAGGCGACCAGUGUCCCAGCCUGUCAGGGAUUCACCCAGAGUGCUACUCCACCUUCUCAGAGUCCGAGGACGAUCCACAGCGACCAGACGCCCCCCUUUACCCCAGGGCCCCACGGUACUCCAUCUUCACUAUAAGUGGCACUCUGGCGGACCCCUUUGGUACCAGCGCCAAAUAUUCCCUCAAAAGCCUUUCAACAGCUCACUUCUAAUGUCAAGACGUACUUACAUUUCUCUCUCUCCCUCAGAAAUGUUAGUUCAGUGAUAUAAACCUUAUUUUCACGGUAAAUUAAUACAGUAGUAUAAUCAAUAUGGAUCAACGUGAACGUCCUGAGAAUUAUUUUAUUUUUAUAUUCUCCAAAUUUUUCAGUAGCGUGUUUGAAAUCAAUUGAUUUUAAAAAUUCAGUAUUUUAUAAUAAGAAAACGACUUUUUGUAACGACAACAACAAUUAAUGUGCCUGAACGAAUAUUUUCUAAAGCAUUUUAAAAUAUUGCUGUAGAGAUUAUUUUAUAAAAGCAAAAAUCAGACUGCGUAACACAAUCAAAUAAUUCACAGCUCGAAUGUACAGUGCUAGGCCGAGGGCAACACGCACCACAAAUGCCACAGUGGAGGAAUCGGCCGUCACAGUUUCAUUGGUCGUGGGGAAACCUUGCGUGUGUGUGUGUGUGUGUGUGUGUGUGUGUGUGUGUGUGUGUGUGUGUGUGUGUGUGUGUGUUACGGCUGGUUGAAUCUUAACCUCUCUACAUCAAUAUCUACUUUAUUUUCCCUUACUUCAUGUUCAUAUAUAUUUACAAAUCCCUCUGCCAAUUUUUCCUCCUUUAUCUUCCUACCAAAUUAUCUGAGAACGUUGUCUUUCCAUAUCUCUACCUGUACACACCUGACACCCACACCUGUACCUACCUGACACCCACACCCCUACACCUAACAUAUCAACACCUAUAUAUGUGUCUUGAUAUCCCGGAGAUGAUCAAAACCUAACCUAACCUAACCUAACCACACCUUUAUAAGUGUUUGAGUCUGUCUACAGAUUUUCUUGUAGUUCAAUAUGACUACAAUGACCUUUUGCUGUAGUUAGUAAUGAUCUGUAGCUGUAGUGUUGAACAGUAUUGUAGUAAUAGUGUAGGAAUUUAUUAACUAGGACUCAAGUACAGUAGUAAUAAAAUAUAAUGGUAAUCAGAUUAUAUACUGUAUAGUGAACUGACAGUCAGAAUAAGCAUUUUUACCUAGAGAUUAAUAUAGAAUUUUGAUAAGUAUUUUGUAUUUAGAAAUUGAUAUAGAAUUAAUAGAAUUUUGAUAUAAAGUAUUUAAAAUUUUUAAGAUGAUUUAGGAACUGUAUUGAUAUUAAAGAAUUAGUUUUGUAGUCAGAAUAUAACGAUGUUUAUAUUGAAGAAUUAGAGUUUGUAUGUCAAGUAAUGAUAAUUCUGUAAUAUACAUUUUGUAAGUAAAUGAUUAGUUUAUAUUUUGUAAGUUUAGAUAAAUCAGUACAUCAAUUUCAUAAGUGUAAGUAUACUUAUUUAGUAGUAUACAUUUUAUAUAAGUUAAAGUAUAUUGUAUUUAUUCUUACUGUUGUUUUAAAUGUGCAGAGUAUUUUACUAUGGUACAUCAGACCUGUAAGAAAACUCCCAUGUUGGUCUCUCCCUCUCCCUCCUCCCUCCCCUCCCAACACAAACCAACAUCACCCAUCAGCAACACACAGAAGAAUACAGUAAUACAGUAUAUGUUUAUUCCUUGGACAAUGGAUACAAAUGCUAGUGGAUCUCAUAUUACAGCAUGUAUAGGUAUUCAUUCAUACAUGUAUAUUUUGAAACUCUCACACAUAUUCAUGAAAACAUCUGAAGGCUGACAUAACUGUAUUAAAGGAACACAGUAGAGUAUACGUGUGGUGUGGUUGGUAACAAGAGGGUGUGUGUGUUGGUGUGGACGUGAGGAGAGAGUGGUGAGGGGUGAGACCUUAUGAAAUAUGAGGGAGGAGAGGAGAGGGUGAGAGGGAAACGAGGGUGAGGCAAGAAAAUGAGGGAAACAUAGGAAAGGGAGUAAUGGGAUGAGAGAGAGGGAUGAGAGGGAGGAAUGAGAGGGUGGAGGAGAAGGUGAAUCAGAAGGGAAAUACGUCUAUACCACACACACACACACACACAUGAGGAUAUAUCCACAUUUAGGUAUACUGUAUACAAUUCCUCCAUCAAUGAAUAACACCAUUGCCUAUAUCCCCUAACACAGUCUCUUGUUCUAGGAAAAAAAAUGACUGGAAGAACAUACAUAACAUCCCAAACUGUAUUAUGUAACUGUUCAUCCUGUGGUAAGAAUUGAACUAGCGUAUACUCUAAACUUUGUGUUAAAACUGAGAUUAUAGAAUAGUACCACUUAUCAUGCUUGGGAUCUAUGAGUCUUGUUCUGUAAAUGAUUUAUCACUACUGAGUAUAAUUGAUUUUUUCACACCCACAAUAUAUGGCUGGAAUAUAUAGUACUAAAUGCAUAAUGGUAUAUAGUGCAAUGAAUAUAUGGGUGAUUUAUAGUAUAUACAGAAUAUAUGAAUUGAUAAGUUAC